GGUUCAGCGCCAUGACGGGGGAAGCCAGAAGGAUGGAUGUGCCAGUGGUCCUGGUUCUGCUGGUUGCACUCUCUCCGCUCCUGAUGUUCAUCGCAGGUGCCAGGGCGCAAAGUCGGAGCGGCGAGCAAACUCCGCGGGUCGCUGUCCGGGGAGAGGAGCGCGCGGGGACGCACACGCGGCACAAGCGCUGCACCUGCGAAUCCUACCUGGACCGGGAAUGCGUCUACUACUGCCACCUGGGAGUCAUCUGGGUGAACUCGCCCGAGAGGACUGUGCCCUACGGUGUCGGAGGCUCUCAUCGCGACAGGAGAUCGACCCUCGGCAGCGUCGACGACGAUGGGGCAUUGCUGCAGCGCCGAGCGGUCGCUGACAGGUGUGCCUGCUCCAUGCGCAGCGACAGGCCCUGCAGGCUUUUCUGCCGGACUCGGGAGCCUCCCCCAAGCUCUUAGUGCACGUGGCCAUGCGUGCACAUCCUGGGAUCCCGGGAGAGCGAUCGCAGUUUGAGCUGCCUUCUGGGAUGCUCGGAUGUUGUCGUGGGCCGCUUUGAGAGAGAGAGAAAAAAGCAAUUGCAGCGUGAUCAACGUGAUGAUAAAAAGUGAUUACAUAUUACCACUCCCCUCCCACCACCCACCCACACACCCACCAAACUCCCACCUGAUUGUUAGGGGAUCCGCUUAUUUACUGUGUGUGGGACUUGGUGAUACGUUGGGGUUUUUUCAGGGCAAUGAAUCUGAAAAAAUGAUUGUCAGAGGGAGGGAGGAAAGCUAAAACUUCUGAAAAAAGUGAUUCGAGACACUGAACGGAAAAGCGACGGAAGAUGACGCAUUGGGCAGCAACGUUCGACGCAGCGCAUCGUCAGCCAGCACAGACUUCAGCUGCCACGGGCGUGGUCAGAAGAAUUCGAGGAGGGAAGUCACAACGAGGAUCCACCCACUCCACGGAGCUACAGAGCAAACGGAGCAAAGAGCAUCGCAGCGCCAUGAGCAACGGCAUCUUGAUAACCGUCGUGGCCACGUCUCCCGUGUUAUUCCAGUUCGCAACGAGGGGUUAUUAUUUUAUUGUUGUUGUAAAAUAUUAAAUUAAAAGAAAUAUAUAGGGCAACAACAUUGUUACAACAUUUGUUAAUGUCAUGUUUUUUUUUCAAUUAUGUUUUUUUUAUUACAACAACAAAAAUGCGAGCCUGACAUACCACGCCGAAAAGUUUCAGCAACAGGGUAGAAUAAUUUUCGAUUUAAAGCUUUCGUGACUGCAGGGAUUCAUCUUCUUGGUUCUUUCGGUAAAGUCACGUAGAAGGGAAGUAAUAAAAUAAUAAAAAAAAAAAUAAAAAAACAAUUCUCACCAAUUCUCACUAUUAUGUUUUAUUUUUAUUAUUUUAUUACUUCCCUUCUACGUGACUUUACCGAAAGAACCAAGAAGAGGGUAGAAUAAAUCCGCCGACCAUUCAUGUCAUGCUUUAACUUCUCAUGAAAUAUUUCCCAGAAGCCACUACCCCUUGCCCUGCCCUGCCAGGGGAAAUACAUUUUCUCAUCCAUGGACAGGUUGCGGAUGAAAUCAAUCCCUGGUCUAUAUGACAUUUCACAUAUGACAUUUCAUGUUCACCCAAUACAACUAUUUACAAAGAACUAUUUACAAAGAAAUUACCGAAAGAACCAAAGAGUAAUUCCUGCAGUCACGAAAGCUUCAAAUCAAGUUUAAAUUACAAGCAAUUACUUCCAUUACUCAAAAAAGUGUAUUGCCCAAUUGUAUAAUUAUACUCCGUAAAUAUAAACGAAACAAUUCUAAUAAGAAGCUUUAAUCCACGUACAUUCUAUAUAUAAAUAUAUAUAUAAUACUCUAUCGUACAAAAACAUUUAUAUCAAACGUAUAUAAUUAUAUUAAUUAUGUUCUAUUGUCUGUUGAAGCGUGUUGUCGAACGUGAAAGAAAUGUGUUUAAUAUAAAAAAACAGUGCUGUAGAAGUUACCCGUUUGUGAAUAUAAGGUUUUGUUUAUAAAGCAAUGGCUUCCCGUCUUCUUCUUGCUUGGCUCUACAAUGAGGCCACAUUUACUCUGAACCAUAAGGUCACCCUCUCGCGUGAGAGCACAAGUGGCGGCCUUCCUAAUUUCUGGGGCAUAAGUCAGAGGGGGGUAAGACAGUUUGGGUUACAAGAUGGAUGGUGUUGUCAAUUCUUUGAAAGAAUCACCCAUUGCCGCCCACAAAUUCUAGCGAGGACACUUAACAACCCUGGGUAGGAACCUGAUGUCAAGCUGUCCACCCCGUCUGCCCCUUCAGCUCAUAAACCCCUGGUCACCUCUCGGUUAACCCCACAGACCCCACAUCGUUGUCAUCCUCCACUCAUUGGUCCUAGUAAACCACCCUAAGUAUGGUCCAGAUUCAUCUACCUCAACACACUUAAAUGAAGCGGCCUGCCAAACACACUUUUGCUGACAUAACUACAGUUUUGAAGCGUGCGCUUUCAUCAGUGUUGUUUAUAGAGCUUCGCUAUUUCAAAUUGAGUGAUUUUUGCCAAUGUAACACAUUUCUUAUGGAUGGCAAACGACAUUGUUAAGCAAAGCAAGAUAAUAAGGCAGGCUCGCAGCUGCCAAUUCUUUUAUUUUAUUGGAUACUAAAAGGAGCCAUAGUUUUAUGUACAAUUCCAUAUUUAUUUUUCUAAAUGAACUACAUUCUCCCAGGACAUUACUGACUUUGCACAUUUCGGUUUAGAAACUGAGUUGCAGCGAUUUCCUGCUCACUGCCAGAUGAUUAAACGUGCCCUCUGUGGGUUGAAUGUUUCGAGUCAGCUGUGGGAUGUAAUUUCCAGUUCACACUGCCAGUUGGUCAUCGCCUUCCUUCAUCAUGGGGGUUGUUGGAAUGACAGUUGCUGCUGGUUCACGCUUGUUUAAGUACUGUAUCAAGAGUUUCAAGAUUGCCAGCGAAGUAAGUGUGGGAAGUUCCAGCUUCCACUGCAUUAUUUGUUAUAGAUUAUUAGUAAUGAGCCACAAGUUCAGGGAACUUUGUUGGGUGUCUCUUACUCAGAUAAUUGUAAAUAAACGACAGAUCGCCUAAAGUUUGCGGAGUGGUAGUGGUAGCAUCUGGAAAAUGAUGUGUGCAGUCAUUUCACAGCUGUGAAAAGCAUUUUGGGUGUUUUCAAGUUGGUGGCAAACCAGGUGUUGUUGUUGAUGUUCUGCUCAACAGCAACAUUUUGUUACAAAAUAUUUAUCUCAAAGAACAUUUUAAAUUGCAACUGAACUUUACUGGAGGUAAACGCUGCAGUUUGGUAAAACAUGUCUCCCACGUAGAGGUGUGAAGAGUGGUGAAAAUAUUUUAAACAGGACAAAUGUCGUGAAAAAAUGACUAGCAUGUGAAAGCAGACAUCCCAAAUUUGGCUGUAUUGUCCCCUAAACGAGUCUACAAUUCUGUCAUUAUUCUGUAAAAAAAAAGGGACACAUUCGUGUUGUAGCACCUGAGAAAAUAUAGUCAAAUUCAAUCACUGGGCUUUCUAAUGAUAUAAGUGCAGGUUAACGUUGGAUCGCGGUGACAAAUAUUCAAAUAUUUGUCUCCACUGGAAGGGGGGAUGUGCUUGUGCAGAGGGCGGACCUCGACUCGCUGCUGCUGCUGCCUGCAACUGGCGUCCCAGGCGAACCGAGCAAUGGGCACCUCCACCCCCCAAACCCCAAGGGCAGAUCUCGGCUGAGGUUUUUAGUAAACUGGGAAACAUUUGAGCACUAUUUUCCAUUCAAUGUUUUUUUUAGUGUAUUUGUUUUUAACAUAAUUAUUCGGUUUGUCCACCCGUCCGUCAAUCUGUCCAACCAAUAUACUCUCAUAAAUGUUGACAAAUGCAUUGUAAUUCAUAUUCCUUCUGUACACGCACGGGAAUUGAAAUAAUGACAUCUUCGUCAUUGUAGUAGUAUAUUUGUAUUUUUUUCCCUCGAAGUUGGCGCCUCACUUAACUUGGCUUCCUAGGCGACCGUCUAGUUCACCCAAAUGAACGGGCCGCCCCUGUACUUGUGUGCCCGAGACUUUUGGAAAAGUUGAGUGUACUGUGCACCUAAACGCGUAUACUAUUUGUAUUGCUUAAAUAAUGCCACUGUUUGAUGACUUUUUACGAGCUCUUUUGCAGUACAAUAUAUUUUUCCAAGAAAGUCGUUAAUCGCGUAUAUCAACCACAGUUUUCAAUAACUGUUUUGUUUAAUGAAUGUGAGUAAAUGGAUAUUUGUGAGAUUUGUAUAUGACAGUGUCCGAACAUUGUUUUUAUUUGAGUAAAUGUUGAU